AUGUCAGAGACUUUACCUUUAUAUCCUAAGGCACCAAAAUCCACUGAUAAGUGGAAUAUAGCCAAGAAGUUUGUCUAUGGAUUGAUUGUUAUCUUAGUUUUCACCUAUAGCUUAGACUAUUUCACAACAUCAGCGGAACCAACAAAUCCCGAUAGUUUCUGUCCAUUAGUCCCUAAAAUUAAAGCUACUCACGAUGAAGAUGUAAUUGAUAUGAUUUUGAAUGAUAAGAAGUUCAGAAAGCAAUCAACCGAAAGGUGGUCAGAUUCGGUAAAGAUCCCAACUGUUCUCUUUGAUGGCACAAUUCAUGCAGAUGCUGUUGAAGAUAAAGAAGAAUUAUAUAAAUUGGAACCCUUAUGGAAGAAUUUCGAGAAAUUUCAUGAUUUUUUGAAUGAAACCUACCCAUUAGUCCACAAGAAGACAAAGGUGGAGAAGGUCAAUAAAUUUGGAUUGAUUUAUACUUGGGAAGGCAAGAACUCAUCAUUACAACCCAUCUUUUUGAAUGCUCAUCAAGAUGUUGUACCAGUUGAGGAAACUACUAUUGAUCAGUGGUCAUUUCCACCUUUCGAAGGAGUAGAAAGUAAUGGGUUUGUUUAUGGUAGAGGUGUUUCCGAUUGUAAGAAUUUAUUGAUCGGUAUAAUGGAAACUAUCGAACUUUUACUUCAAAACAAAUUCAAACCAGAGAGAACCAUCAUCAUUGGUUUCGGGUACGAUGAAGAAAGUGCAGGUUUAGGAGCUAAAGCAAUCGCAGACUUCUUACUUGAUCGUUACGGACCACAAUCAAUUUAUAUGUUGAUUGAUGAAGGAAGUGAAGGGUUCAUGGAAAUUGGAGGUACAAAAUUCAUCGCUCCAGCUACCAGUGAAAAAGGUUAUUUGGAUUCCCAAAUUGACUUGUUUACUCCUGGGGGACAUUCUUCAGUGCCUCCUAAAAAUACAGGGAUUGGUAUCAUGUCCAGAUUGAUCACUUUAAUUGAAGAUACUGAAUUCAAAAGUAUGGUGACGAAUGGAAAUCCAACACUCGGUUUGUUACAAUGUAUGGCUGAACAUUCCAAUAUUGAAAAGUCGUUGAAAUCGGAUAUUUUGAGAGCUCAAUUUGAUGUAGAAGCAAAUGCCAGACUUGUUCACUAUUUGAUAAAUGAAGGUGGUGAACAGAAAGCUGUCAUUAGUACCAGUCAAGCAGUAGAUAUGAUCACCGGAGGUGUUAAAUCCAAUGCUUUACCAGAACAUGUCUCAGCUGUGGUCAAUCAUAGAAUUGCUUUCGAAGAAUCCGUUCAACUGACUUCAGAAAAAAUCUUAGGUAACAUUCAAGAAAUUGCUGAGAGAUUCGAGCUUGGUAUCAUUAUGGACGGGAAAGUUUUAGUGGAACCGACUAAAAAUGGCUAUUUUAAUUAUACUCUAAGAGAAGCUUUAGAACCUGCACCUGUGACUGCCACCGGAACUGAAGUUUGGAAUUUAUUUGGUGGAUCCUUGAGAUAUUUCUACGAAGAUAUCAUGUUCCCCAAAUUGAAUGAAACAUAUGUUGUUUCACCUUUGUUGGCCGGUGGAAAUACUGAUACGAAAUCAUAUUGGGACUUAACUACCAAUAUCUUCAGAUAUCAACCUGGUACUGGAUUCGAAGAUAGUAAUAUCCAUUCAGUAGAUGAGAUGUAUCCCAUCGACGGGCAUCUUGCAGUUAUUGCAUUCUAUUAUUUCUUUUUACAAAACUUACACUAA